AUGAAACCAACACUCCGAAAUACACAUCCGCGCACCCUCCUCUUAACCCUCGACGCCUUCGGCACCCUUUUCCAUCCGCGCUUCCCCGUCCCCAACCAGUACGCGGUGGUCGCGCAUCACUACGGACUGUCCCGCACAGCCAUAACCCCGGACCGAGUCAAGACCGCAUUCAAGGCUGUCUUCCAGGCACAAACCCGACAAUACCCCAAUUACGGACGCGCAGAUGUACUGCGGGGCCAAUACGGCGGCCCUCGACAAUGGUGGGAAGAGGUGAUCAAGGGAAGUUUCGCGCGCGCGAUAAUUGGGGACAAUGAAGAGACCCGAGUGACGCAAAGGGGCCGGACAGACAAGACAAGCGAUGCUGCAGAGCAUGUCAUUCUCCCUCCUGGGCUGGUCGAUAGUCUACUGGAUCGGUUCGCCGGGUCCGAGGGCUAUCUACUGUACGAUGACGUGACGCCUUUCUUCCGUCGCCUGCGCGAACUGCGGACGAGUGGGAAGAGUCCAUUUGAACAAAUCAUCAUUGGUGUUAUUUCAAACUCGGAUGAUCGCGUUCCUGCUGUGCUCAAGUCUUUGGGUCUGCAAGUAGGUGAUAUGCGCGCUGACCAAGAUCGUUCCAGUAUGGAGCUUCCUGGGUUUGAGGAGCGCGAAGGAAUGCAAGCGGUGACAGACGAGCAACGUGCACCCGAUGUGGACCUCGUUAUUACGAGCUAUGAGGCUGGUGCCGAGAAGCCUGAUCGAAGGAUAUUUGAUGUUGCAAAGCGACAGGCUCAAUUGCUUGCGAGUUCGGAGAUAAACCCCGAGACUGACAUGCUCUGUGUGCAUGUGGGUGAUGAUUACGCGAAGGAUUACUGUGCUGCUAGAGAUGCAGGCUGGGAGAGCUACCUUCUUCCUCGAGAUGCCUCUCAGAAGAAGUCCGAUGACAAAAGGUCACUUAACUCUUUGGCAGAGCUGAUCGAUCAACUGGAGAGGUCUUGA